AUGACUGUUCAAACUAAAUUUGCCAAUUUACAAAGGGAAGAACCUGAUCCAAUUAUUAAAACUAUGACUCUUUAUAAAGAGGAUCCAACCCCAAAUAAAGUUGAUGUUAGUAUUGGAGUUUAUAAAGAUCCAAAUGGUGAUUUAUAUACUUUUCCAACAGUUCAAGAAGCAAAGAAUAAAUUACAUGAAAAUGAUCCAGGUCAUAAUUAUACUACUAUGGCAGGAGUACCAGAUUUUAUUAAAGCUGCACAAAAAGUUGUAUUUGGGGAAAAAUUUGCUAAUGAAGGUAAAAUUGCUAGUUUACAAUCUAUUGGAGGUUCAGGAGCUUUACAUAUGGCUAUGCUUUUAAUUGUUCAAUCAGGUUAUAAAAAAUUUCAUGUUGGUGUUCCAACUUGGUCAAAUUAUAUUCAAAUGAUUGAACAUGCAGGUGGUGAAGUUUCUAUUUUUAAUCAUUAUGAUGAAAAAACUAAAAAAAUUAAUUUUGAUGAUGUUAUUUCAACUUUAAAUAAAGUUGAAGAAGGUUCAGUUUUCUUAUUUCAAGCUUGUUGUCAUAAUCCAACUGGGGCUGAUUAUUCAAAAGAUCAAUGGAUUGAAAUUAUUGAUAUUGUUAAAAAGAGAAAUCAUUUAGUUUUAUUUGAUUUAGCAUAUCAAGGAUUUUCAAGUGGUGAUGUUGAUAAAGAUGCUUGGAUUGUACGUUAUAGUUAUGAACAAAAUUUAGAAUUUUUAGUUGCUGAAAGUUUUUCCAAAAAUCUUGGAUUAUAUAGUGAAAGAGUUGGUUGUGCCCAUGUUGUUGUUCAAGAUAAAGAAUAUGUUGCUAAUGCUCAAUCAACAUUAGUUCGUACUUUCCGUCAAGAAGUUUCAUUUGCUCCUGCUUUUGGUGCAAGAAUUGCUGCUUUAGUUGUUAAUGAUGAAAAAUCAAAUAAACAAUGGAAAGAUGAAGUUGCUGCUGUUACUAAAAGAAUGAAAUCUUUAAGACAACAAGUUUAUCAAGAAUUGAAAAAUUUAGGAACCCCAGGUGAUUGGUCAAAUGUUGUUGAACAAAAUGGUUUGUUUUGGUAUAGUGGUUUAACUCCUCAACAAAAUGAUAGAUUGAUUUCAGAACAUCAUGUUUAUUCUACUAGUAUUGGUAGAGUUAAUAUUGCUGGUUUGAAUGAUCAAAAUGUUGGUUAUUUCUGUAAAGCUAUUGAUGAAGUUGUCAGACAUAAAUAUUAG